AUGGUCAUUGAUGCUCGGACGACGGUCUGGCUCAGCGCUUCUGCUUCUUUCCGUGGAACCGCGUUAUCUAGGCCACACAUAGUGGUGUUGGUUACUUGUGGCCUGUUCCAGCCUGCGGGUCCAAAGGAGGCCUUCACUCGGCGCCAGCUGGCGUUCGUGUAUGGCACCCUAAAGCGUGGGUUCGGCAACUACUGGCUCAUGGAGGACAUGGUGCAGCAGGGCACCGCACACUUCCUGGGCACGGCGCGCACGCAGCACCGGUACCCGCUGGUGUGCGGGCCGUUCCAGGUGCCGUUCAUGCUCAACAACCGGGACGAGGGGCACCAUGUGAAGGGCGAGGUGUAUAGCAUCAGCAACGCGGGCGUGGAGCGGCUGGACGAGCUGGAGGGGGUGGACAAGGGCCACUACAAGCGCCUUGCCAUUGCAUUGCGUGACUUGCACGUCACUGCGUCGGAGCUGCACCCCGAGGAAGAGCGGCUGGUGGCGGCCGCAGAGGCGCAGGCCUACUUUGCGUAUCCCUCGUACUCGGACAGCAUGGCGGCUGCGACAGACGAGCACAUUGACGCGUACACCGAGCGGGAGGCCGCCACUUACAUCAAGCGAUCCGAGCGGCCUGGGAACAAGACCUUCCUGGAGCAUGUGCAGUGCUGGAUUGAGGAGAGAUGCGACGACCUUUCCGAUGGGGACAGCGAGUUGGUGCAGGUCUGCCGGGUGGUCUCCAGGGAGGAGAGAGAGGGCAGGGAAUAGGCAGAUGGGGUACAAGUUGGCCGUACUGGGGGCGGCGCACGUUGGGCCCUGGGGGGGCCACCACAUUGCAGAUGGAUUGAACAUUAGUACGAAUCCAUCAUGCCGGAAGCAAGGUUGAACAUUCAUGGUCGAAGUAGUUCAGCUUAGUCUUUGGUGAAAUGCACCCUGAUCAAGAUGCACCGCACUAAGAGUAGCUCACUUUAGUCGUCGAUUGAUGUCCAGGCGCAAUCCAAGUCUGUAUUGAAGGUGAGCUGAAGAGUUGAUUUUGACCUGGUUCCUUGUUGUAUUGAGUCGUUCAAGCAGUGGUCACGACAAAGACAGUGCAGUGUACAGUUGGCUGAAACGGGCGACUUGCAGUUGUUUGCCUAGAUUAGGGGGUCGUUUUAGAGUCAAGGUCGGCAUGGGCAGAUUCCGGCUCUGUAUCAUAGUAGUAGUUGUUAAUGCAAAAGAGUUUGCAGGGGAGACUUGCGGAAAGCCUCAUGCUCACAUGUAGCUUCCAUUUAGGUGCGCAGCAGUGACGGUGAGCAGGUUUUGCCAAGCAUAGCUUUUCAUCAUUGUAUAUUUCGAAAAACAAUUGUGUUUCGAUCCUGGCCUCGAAACCAAGUCAUAGAAGUGGCC